CGACGCCCUUCGUGAACGCUCACUUCUGGAAGCUCACAUAAGGACGUCUCGUCUGGUCGUGCGCUGGAUCCCUUUGUGUGGAAGCGGUAGAACCCGAACUGACACGCGCGCGGCACCUCGUCCACCCUAGCAUCAAGGUCGACCUCAAGCCUCGUUCUCGCUGCCCUGAGGAUGACUCCAGUCGGGAUGGCAGUCGGGUUAGCGGCACUCUCGCUGGCACUCCUGGCCAGCCCCGCCGCAGGGAUCCCUCCGUGCCAAACGCUGUGCCCCCAGCACUACCAACCUGUCUGCGGCAGCAACGGCGUCACCUACAGCAACGACUGCAGUCUGAGUGUCGCCAACUGCAUGAACCCGCGUAUCACCAAGAGAUACGACGGAAAAUGCCGUUCCCCUUGUCCUGAGGCGUGUGGGUACAACUACGAUCCCGUCUGCGGCAGCAACAGAAGAACCUACGAAAACGAGUGCGAAUUGGAGAGAGACAAGUGUAAUGGUAACCGCUUCCUGAGGAAAGUGAAGGACGGUGCCUGCAAUUAGGUUCUGAGUCCGAGGCGAAUGCAACGGGAAGACUCCAGGGCGGUCGCCGGCGGCCACCUGAACCACCAUCUUCUUGUUCGGUUUAAUGAUAAAUGAUAAUGUUGUACUGUAUCAUUAACGAUUGUUUAAGCAGAAUGAAUAUGUUGUCAUAUCAUUUUUCCCCAAAGUUGUUGGAUUUUAUAUUAUACACUCAACGUUUGUGAAUAAUAUCAAGUGUAGAUGCAAUGAUAAAUAAAGAAAAUAAAAUUAAUCUGACUUAGACGAGGUACUUGAAACAAUCCUUCAUCCAUUUCCAUUUAAUAAAUGAAGUAAUAUAUGAGAUGUAGAGGAAACGCCGGACCAACUACAUAUAUAUAGUCAAUUGGAAAUCAUUGCAUGAAUACUCAAAAGACGAUUUGCAGGGCAGAUUUCCUCCACAUUUUCCAAGGGACCUCCCCAAAUAUGAUGCAUUUUUCAGUUAUGUCCUAAGUUUCAUGAUAUAUUCACGGCUUACAAGAUUUAAUUUGUUUUUGAUGGAAAGACAGAGAUGGAAGGGAAAGGGGAGAGAGAAGGAAGAGAGAAGGAGAGGAAGAGAGAUAGAUAGACAGAUGGAGAGAAAGAGGGGGGGGGAGAAAAUGAAAGGAAAUUGAGGAUAGAAAGAGAGAAGACAGGCAAAGAGAGUGAGGGGGACAUUAACCAAACCCAUGGAGUUCAUUGUUACAGAAUUCUCUUACUGUCCUCGGCCCCACACUCCCUUGCAGUCCGAUCCUCACACUAUAGACCCCACUGUAAGGAAAAGUAAAACAAACACUACACAUUUCAGU